AUGUCAAAUAUAAAAAAAUCAGAACAAUUCUAUAAGCUUUGUGAAGCAAUUCAACACAAGGAUAAAGAAGCUAUCAAGCAAAUUUUAUCACAAGAUAUUAAUGUUAAUCUUAAAUUCAAAUCAUUGCAAAGCCCACUUCAUUUAGCUAUUAUUCAUUUUGAUGAUACAGAAGUAAUUAAAAUGCUGCUAGAAAAAAAAGCUGAUGUUUAUGCUAAGAAUUAUCAACAAAAAACUCCUCUUCAACUUGCUGUCCAGUUGAAUAAAAUAAAUGCCUUUGAGUUAUUUAUGAAUCUUGGAGUUGAUCCUGGGACUCAGAAUUUAAAUGUACUGUUAAAUAUUGCUACAAGACAAGGUAAUCUAACAAUGGUGAAAUAUCUUGUUGAUUGGGCUCGAAAAAAGCAUUUAUUAAUCGAUCGUAAAAAAUCAUUUGAUGUAGCGGUUAAACGAGGAUUUUUAGACAUAGUUAAAUAUUUUUUACCUUUGAUUAAAUUCGAAAAAAUCAGUGACAGAUUUAUUUUGCAAGAUGUUGUUAUAAAAAAUAGUAUCCUAUCGAAAGCCUGUAUCGAUUUAUUAUUACAGCAUGGUUUCAUUGUCAAUCCUGAUUGGAUGAAUGAUAAAAAAUUCGUCUAUUUAACUGUUUUAUAUGGACAUACAAAGAUAAUUGAAGGGCUUUUAAAUCUUGGAUUGGAUGUUAAUAUGAAACAUGAAUCAGUGGGAUGUACUCUGCUACAUGUUGCUUGUUUGCAUGGAUAUUUUGAAAUGGUGAAAUUAUUUAUACAACAUAAAGUAGAUGUCAAUUCAAGAGUCAUCAAUGGAAUAUCCUCUUCGAAAAUAUCUCAGAUAAUUCCAACAACAGACACAUUAAUUGGGAAAACAGCUUUGUAUAUUACCGUGAAAUGUGUGAACAUAGAACUCGUACAACUCCUUCUAAAUAACGGAGCAACUGUAAAUAAUGAUUCAGAUUUUUUUUCUAUGGCCAGUAUUGCAAUUAAAAAAAAUCAAAAGGCAAUUUUGCAGUUACUUUUAGACCACGGAGGUAAUGUCAACGCUAUUAAUGAUGAGAAAGAAACUCUUCUGCAUGUUUGCGCUAAAAUGAAAGAAUCUCAUAAUCAGAAAAGUUUAAGACAUGAAAUAUGCGAGUUGCUUUUAGCAAAAGGAGCCAAAGUUGAUGCUCAAUGUUCAAAAGGAAGAACACCACUUAUUGAAGCUACGCCUCUUCAUAUUGUGUGCCAAGAUCAUCCGUCAACUGUGUUGGAUAUUAUAAAACUUUUACUACAACAUAAUGCAGAGAUUGAUGCUAUAGACGUAAAAGGAAAGACACCAUUGUUCUAUGCCUGUAUGCAAGACAAAAAUUCUUCGACUGUAUCUUUUAAAGGUGUGGACUUUGAUUCUAUCGUUAAGUAUGUUACAAGAUGUCAAAUUCCUGCUAAUGAUUUUAACUUUAUAAACUGUUGGAAAAACUUUGAUAGCGCAAAACUACUUUUAGCUAAUAAUGCAAACAUUGAUAUAACUUAUGACGAAGGAAUAACGUUACUUCAUCUCGUUAUUGAACAUGGAAAAUUAGAUUUAGUUGAAAUUUUAAUCAAUAUUGGCAUAGAUGUUAAUAGCAAAGAUGCAUGUGGAAGAACAGCUCUUCAUUUUGCAGCAAAAAAAGGAAAUGUACAAACAGUUGAAAGUCUCUUGAAAUGUGGAGCUGAUAUUAAUAUUUCUGACUGUAACAGAUAUGUUCUUGAAUUAAUUACAUAUGGACUAAGUAUAAAUGAGCAGAAUGCUGAUUUUCUGAAUUAUGAAAUUUUAGUAAGUGAUAAUAAUGAAUAA